AUGGCGGAGGUGGCGAAGUUCGUAGAGCAAGUGAUUAUCAAGCUGGCUAAUGCUGCUGAGGAGGACAUGGAGCUUAACAGACAAUCCAAGCCGGCCACCAGCAAGCUGAAAAUGCUCGAAAUUUUCGUUGGAGUGGCUGAGAAGCGAUUCUACCACGCCCACUUGUUUGAUAAGGGUGUUUUGAUGCUUCUCGCUGCUUGGCUCAAGCCGCUUCCAGAUGGGUCACUGCCCCAUGCCAUGAUUCGCAGCACAAUCUUCACAAUCUUGCUUGAGAAGAUGCCGAUCGAUUUGGAUGAUGAGACGAGAAAGAAGCAACUUGCAUGGAGCGGGCUGGGCAUGGUAGUGAGGUAUUAUCUAGAGCACAAGGAAGAGACGCAGGAGAAUAAAUUGCUGGCCAAGAGGCUGAUUGAGAAAUGGAGUCGCGUGAUCUUCGACACAGGAAUUUGCCGGAGCAAGGUCGUCCACGAUGAAACAACUGGUGAGGUUUCUUCUCCAUCAAAAAAGCGACCGGCAACAGCGAUUGUAGAAGAAAAUUUGGAUCUCGGGGAGAAGCCAUCUCCAAAAAAGAGAAGAAUUCCACCAAUCAUAGCUCCCCAGCCCAUGACCAUGAAUUUCUCGAUUCGUCCAGAGUCUAAGUUUGGUGGAGAAGCGAUUAGAGAGAGUAUAAUGCAACGUGAAGCAAUGGAAUCGAAGAGGGCGAGGCUAAACAAGUCCAUGAAGCGACUACACGAUGCCAACAAGAGAAGGCCCAGAGUCAUGGGGGGCCGAGGUGUCCUCCUAAUGUAA